GAGUCCCACUUUUGCGGGCAGGAGGAGCGGGGCGCGGAGGGGGGAGCAGAGUUCCUGGAAGGAGCAGCAGCCCCACAACAUGGCCUCUUCCUCCUUCUCUCUAGCUGGAGCGGAGAGCACCCCUCCUGCGCAGGGUGACUAUGGAUCCUACUCUUCACAAAGCUCUAGAAAGUCUGAUGCCAAUGCAAGUUACUUGAGAGCAGCUCGAGCUGGACACUUAGAAAAGGCCCUUGACUACAUAAAAAACGGGGUUGACAUCAACAUUUGCAAUCAGAAUGGGUUGAACGCUCUCCAUCUUGCUUCCAAAGAAGGCCAUGUAGAAGUUGUUUCUGAACUACUACAGAGAGAAGCCAAUGUGGAUGCAGCUACAAAGAAAGGAAACACAGCAUUGCACAUAGCAUCAUUGGCAGGACAAGCUGAAGUAGUAAAGGUCUUGGUUACAAAUGGAGCCAAUGUCAAUGCUCAAUCUCAGAAUGGUUUCACUCCACUGUAUAUGGCAGCCCAGGAAAACCACCUGGAAGUUGUCAAGUUUCUUCUUGACAAUGGUGCCAGCCAGAGCUUGGCCACAGAGGAUGGCUUCACACCAUUGGCAGUAGCUUUGCAACAAGGUCACGAUCAAGUAGUUUCACUCUUGCUAGAAAACGACACGAAAGGAAAAGUGCGCCUCCCAGCUCUGCAUAUCGCUGCCCGAAAAGAUGAUACGAAAGCGGCCGCCCUGCUGCUGCAGAAUGACAACAACGCAGACGUGGAGUCGAAGAGUGGCUUCACUCCACUCCACAUAGCUGCUCACUAUGGAAAUAUCAAUGUAGCCACGUUGCUGUUAAACCGAGCGGCGGCUGUGGAUUUCACCGCAAGGAACGACAUCACUCCUUUGCACGUUGCGUCAAAAAGAGGAAAUGCCAAUAUGGUAAAACUACUGCUUGAUCGAGGAGCUAAAAUUGAUGCCAAAACAAGGGAUGGUCUGACGCCGCUACAUUGUGGAGCAAGGAGUGGCCAUGAGCAGGUAGUGGAAAUGUUACUUGAUCGAGCUGCCCCCAUUCUUUCAAAAACCAAGAAUGGAUUGUCUCCACUGCACAUGGCCACACAAGGGGAUCAUCUAAACUGCGUCCAACUUCUUCUCCAGCAUAACGUGCCUGUGGACGACGUCACCAAUGACUACCUGACCGCCCUGCAUGUGGCUGCCCACUGUGGCCAUUACAAAGUUGCCAAGGUUCUCUUGGACAAGAAAGCUAACCCAAAUGCCAAAGCCCUGAAUGGCUUUACCCCUCUUCAUAUUGCCUGCAAGAAGAAUCGAAUUAAAGUAAUGGAACUUCUUCUGAAACACGGUGCAUCCAUCCAAGCUGUAACCGAGUCGGGCCUUACCCCUAUCCAUGUUGCUGCCUUCAUGGGGCAUGUAAGUAUCGUAUCACAACUAAUGCAUCAUGGAGCCUCACCAAACACCACCAACGUGAGAGGAGAAACAGCGCUGCACAUGGCAGCUCGAUCGGGCCAAGCUGAAGUUGUGCGGUAUCUGGUACAAGAUGGAGCUCAGGUAGAAGCUAAAGCUAAGGAUGACCAAACCCCACUCCACAUUUCAGCCAGACUGGGGAAGGCAGACAUAGUACAACAGCUGCUGCAGCAAGGAGCUUCCCCAAAUGCAGCCACGACUUCUGGGUACACCCCACUUCAUCUUGCAGCCCGAGAGGGGCACGAGGACGUAGCCGCCUUCCUUUUGGAUCAUGGCGCAUCUCUAUCUAUAACUACAAAGAAAGGAUUUACUCCCCUUCAUGUGGCAGCAAAAUAUGGGAAACUUGAAGUAGCCAAUCUCCUGCUACAGAAAAGUGCAUCUCCGGAUGCUGCUGGGAAGAGCGGGCUAACUGCACUGCAUGUUGCUGCACAUUACGAUAAUCAGAAAGUGGCCCUUCUGCUUUUGGACCAAGGAGCCUCACCUCAUGCGGCUGCAAAGAAUGGUUAUACGCCACUGCACAUCGCUGCCAAAAAGAACCAGAUGGACAUAGCGACGACCCUGCUGGAGUAUGGUGCUGAUGCAAACGCAGUUACCCGGCAAGGAAUUGCUUCUGUCCAUCUUGCAGCUCAGGAAGGACACGUGGACAUGGUGUCGCUGCUCCUCAGCAGAAAUGCUAACGUGAACCUGAGCAAUAAGAGUGGCCUGACCCCACUUCAUCUGGCUGCUCAAGAAGACAGAGUGAAUGUGGCUGAAGUCCUUGUAAACCAAGGGGCACAUGUGGAUGCCCAGACAAAGAUGGGAUACACACCACUACAUGUGGGCUGCCACUAUGGGAACGUCAAGAUCGUCAAUUUCCUGCUCCAGCAUUCUGCAAAAGUUAAUGCCAAAACAAAGAAUGGGUACACGCCAUUGCAUCAAGCCGCUCAACAGGGACACACGCAUAUAAUAAAUGUGCUGCUUCAGAAUAAUGCCUCCCCCAAUGAACUCACUGUGAAUGGAAACACUGCCCUGGCCAUUGCCCGACGCCUUGGCUACAUCUCAGUGGUUGACACCCUGAAGGUAGUGACUGAAGAGACCAUGAUGACAACCACCAUCACAGAGAAACACAAAAUGAAUGUUCCAGAAACAAUGAAUGAAGUUCUUGAUAUGUCCGAUGAUGAAGGUGAUAGAUGCACAUGGUACAGAAUUCCCAAGGUACAAGAGUUUACGGUAAAAAGUGAAGAUGCAAUGACAGGGGACACAGACAAGUAUCUUGGGCCACAGGACCUUAAGGAGCUGGGUGAUGAUUCCCUGCCUGUAGAGGGCUACAUGGGCUUCAGUCUUGGAGCUCGAUCUGCCAGCCUCCGCUCCUUCAGUUCGGAUAGGUCUUACACUUUGAACAGAAGCUCCUAUGCUCGGGACAGCAUGAUGAUUGAAGAACUCCUUGUACCAUCCAAAGAGCAGCAUCUAACAUUCACAAGAGAGUUUGAUUCAGAUUCUCUUAGACAUUACAGCUGGGCUGCAGACACUUUGGACAAUGUCAAUCUUGUCUCAAGCCCUGUUCAUUCUGGGUUUCUGGUUAGCUUUAUGGUGGAUGCACGAGGUGGCUCCAUGAGAGGAAGUCGUCACCAUGGGAUGAGAAUCAUCAUUCCUCCACGCAAGUGUACAGCCCCCACCCGAAUCACCUGCCGUUUGGUAAAGAGACAUAAACUGGCCAACCCACCCCCCAUGGUGGAAGGAGAGGGAUUAGCCAGUAGGCUGGUAGAAAUGGGUCCUGCAGGGGCACAAUUUUUAGGCCCUGUCAUAGUGGAAAUCCCUCACUUUGGGUCAAUGAGAGGAAAAGAGAGAGAACUCAUUGUUCUUCGAAGUGAAAAUGGUGAAACAUGGAAAGAACAUCAAUUCGACAGUAAAAAUCAAGAUUUCACUGAAUUACUUAAUGGCAUGGAUGAAGAACUUGAUAGCCCAGAGGAGUUAGGGAAAAAGCGUAUCUGCAGGAUUAUUACUAAGGAUUUUCCCCAGUAUUUUGCAGUAGUUUCACGAAUUAAGCAAGAAAGCAACCAGAUUGGUCCGGAAGGUGGAAUUCUGAGCAGUACCACUGUGCCCCUCGUCCAGGCAUCUUUCCCAGAGGGGGCCUUAACCAAAAGAAUUCGAGUGGGCCUCCAGGCCCAGCCUGUUCCAGAUGAAAUUGUGAAAAAGAUCCUUGGAAAUAAAGCAACAUUUAGCCCAAUCGUCACUGUGGAACCAAGAAGAAGGAAAUUCCAUAAACCAAUCACAAUGACCAUUCCGGUGCCCCCACCUUCAGGAGAAGGCGUAUCCAAUGGGUACAAGGGGGACACCACACCCAAUCUGCGUCUUCUCUGUAGCAUUACAGGGGGCACCUCACCUGCUCAGUGGGAAGACAUCACAGGAACUACUCCUUUGACGUUUAUAAAGGAUUGUGUCUCCUUUACAACCAAUGUUUCAGCCAGGUUUUGGCUCGCAGACUGCCAUCAAGUUUUAGAAACCGUUGGGUUAGCCACGCAACUGUAUAGAGAAUUAAUAUGUGUUCCAUAUAUGGCCAAGUUUGUUGUUUUUGCCAAAAUGAAUGAUCCUGUGGAAUCCUCCCUGAGAUGUUUCUGCAUGACAGAUGACAAAGUAGACAAAACUUUAGAGCAGCAAGAGAAUUUUGAGGAAGUUGCAAGAAGCAAAGAUAUUGAGGUUCUGGAAGGAAAACCUAUUUAUGUUGAUUGUUACGGAAAUCUGGCCCCACUUACCAAAGGAGGACAGCAACUUGUUUUUAACUUUUAUUCUUUCAAAGAAAAUAGACUGCCAUUUUCCGUCAAAAUUAGAGACACCAGCCAAGAGCCCUGCGGUCGUUUGUCUUUUCUGAAAGAACCAAAGACAACAAAAGGAUUGCCUCAGACAGCUGUUUGCAACUUAAAUAUCACUCUGCCAGCACAUAAAAAGACCGAGAAAACAGAUAGACGACAGAGUUUUGCAUCUUUAGCUUUACGUAAGCGCUACAGCUACUUGACUGAACCUGGAAUGAUUGAACGGAGUGCAGGAGCAACAAGAUCCCUCCCCACCACUUACUCAUACAAGCCAUUCUUUUCUACAAGACCGUACCAGUCCUGGACAACAGCUCCGAUUACAGUGCCCGGGCCAGCCAAGUCAGGCUUCACUUCCUUAUCAAGUUCUUCCUCUAACACGCCAUCAGCUUCUCCGUUAAAAUCAAUAUGGUCUGUUUCGACUCCUUCUCCAAUCAAAUCCACACUAGGCGCCUCAACUACGUCUUCAGUUAAAUCCAUUAGUGACGUGGCAUCUCCAAUUAGAUCCUUUCGGGCAAUUGCAUCACCAAUAAAAACAGUGGCGUCGCAAUCUCCAUACAAUAUCCAAGUUUCCUCUGGUGCCCUGGUUAGAGCGCCCACAGUCACGGAGGCUGUGCCUUUAAAAGGGCUGGCAUCCAAUUCUACGUUUCCCUCUCGAACCUCUCCAGUGACUACAGCGGGGUCUCUCUUGGAAAGGUCAUCAAUUACUAUGACACCUCCUGCAUCCCCCAAGUCAAACAUUAAUAUGUAUUCCUCCAGUUUGCCAUUUAAGUCAAUUAUUACAUCAGCAGCACCACUAAUAUCAUCACCUUUAAAGUCAGUGGUGUCUCCAGCUAAAUCGGCAGUUGAUGUCAUUUCUUCAGCUAAAGUUACAAUGACAUCAUCUCUCUCAUCUCCUGUGAAACAGAUACUGGGACAUGCAGAGGUAGCAUUAGUCAAUGGCUCUAUUUCCCCUCUGAAAUAUCCAUCAUCUUCAACUUUAAUCAACGGAUGCAAAGCCACUGCCACGUUACAAGAAAAAAUUUCUACAGCUACAAACUCUGUUAGCUCUGUGGUAAACGCAGCCACUGACACAGUUGAGAAAGUGUUUUCUACCACAGCAACAAUGCCAUUUUCCCCACUCAGGUCGUAUGUUUCUUCAGCACCAUCAGCUUUUCAGUCUCUAAGAACUCCUUCCACAAGUGCACUCUAUACAUCCCUUGGGUCAUCAAUAUCUGCAACUACCUCAUCUGUAACUUCAUCAAUAAUAACAGUGCCAGUAUACUCUGUAGUCAAUGUUUUGCCAGAACCAGCAUUAAAGAAACUUCCAGACUCUAAUUCACUUACACAAUCAGCAGCAGCCUUGCUGUCACCCAUUAAAACAUUGACUACGGAGACACGUCCACAGCCCCAUUUCAGUCGAACUUCAUCUCCAGUUAAGUCAUCUUUGUUCCUUGCACCCUCUGCCCUUAAGUUGUCUACACCAUCUUCUUUAUCUUCCAGUCAGGAGAUACUAAAAGACGUGGCUGAGAUGAAAGAGGACCUAAUGCGGAUGACAGCAAUACUACAGACGGAUGUGCCUGAAGAGAAGCCAUUCCAAACUGAACCCCCAAAAGAAGGGAGAAUUGAUGAUGAAGAACCUUUCAGAAUUGUUGAGAAAGUAAAGGAAGACUUAGUAAAAGUUAGUGAAAUCCUUAAAAAGGAUGUAUGUGUAGAUAAUAAAGGAUCACCCAAAUCACCUGGGAGUGACAAAGGACAUUCUCCAGAAGACGACUGGAUAGAAUUUAGUUCAGAAGAAAUAAAAGAAGCAAGACAAGCUGCUGCAAGCCAUUCUCCGUCUCUGCCAGAAAGAGUGCAAGUAAAAGCAAAAACCACCUCUGAAAAGGAUUAUAACUUGACCAAAGUUAUUGAUUACCUAACAAAUGAUAUUGGGAGCAGUUCAUUGACAAACUUAAAGUACAAGUUUGAGGAUGCAAAGAAGGAUGGUGAAGAGAGACAGAAAAGAAUUUUAAAACCAGCCAUUGCUUUGCAGGAACAUAAACUCAAAAUGCCUCCAGCCUCCAUGAGGCCUUCCACCUCGGAGAAAGAAUUAUGUAAAAUGGCCGAUUCCUUUUUUGGAACAGAUACAAUUUUAGAGUCUCCAGAUGACUUUUCUCAACAUGACCAAGAUAAAAGUCCCUUGUCUGACAGUGGCUUUGAAACAAGAAGUGAAAAAACACCUUCAGCCCCACAAAGCGCUGAAAGCACUGGUCCUAAACCACUUUUUCAUGAAGUUCCCAUCCCUCCUGUCAUUACAGAAACGAGAACUGAAGUGGUUCAUGUUAUCAGGAGCUAUGAGCCCUCAGCGGAUGAUGUUCCUGAGUCCCAACCAGAGGAGCCCGUGUCACCCAAACCUUCACCUACUUUUAUGGAACUGGAGCCAAAGCCCACCACUUCUAGUAUUAAAGAAAAGGUUAAAGCCUUUCAGAUGAAAGCCAAUGGUGAAGAAGAUGACCACAGUCGGGUUUUGAGCAAAGGCAUGCGUGUUAAAGAAGAGACUCACAUAACCACAACCACCAGAAUGGUUUAUCAUUCUCCACCAGGCAGUGAAGGCACCUCUGAACGAAUUGAAGAAACCAUGUCAGUCCAUGACAUCAUGAAGGCCUUUCAGUCCGGGCGGGACCCUUCCAAAGAACUGGCAGGUCUGUUUGAACAUAAGUCGGCAGUGUCUCCAGAUAUUCACAAGUCUGCUGCUGAAACCUCAGCCCAGCAUGCAGAGAAGGACAACCAAAUGAAACCCAAACUGGAGCGUAUAAUAGAAGUCCACAUCGAAAAAGGUAACCAAGCUGAGCCCACUGAAGUCAUUAUUAGAGAAACCAAAAAGCAUCCAGAAAAGGAAAUGUAUGUAUAUCAGAAAGACUUAUCCCGGGGAGAUAUUAACCUAAAAGAUUUUCUGCCAGAAAAACACGAUGCUUUUCCUUGUUCAGAGGAACAGGGUCAACAAGAAGAAGAAGAACUUACUGCUGAGGAGUCAUUGCCGUCUUAUCUGGAAUCUUCCAGAGUAAACACUCCUGUGUCCCAAGAAGAAGAUAGUCGUCCUAGUUCUGCUCAACUCAUAUCUGAUGACUCUUAUAAAACAUUGAAGCUUUUGAGUCAACACUCAAUAGAAUACCAUGACGAUGAGUUGUCAGAACUAAGAGGGGAGUCUUACAGGUUUGCUGAAAAGAUGCUUCUGUCAGAAAAGCUAGAUGUGUCUCAUUCUGAUACUGAGGAAUCAGUUACAGACCAUGCAGGACCCCCUAGCUCAGAGUUACAGGGGUCUGAUAAGCGGUCCAGAGAAAAAGUAGCCACUGCCCCCAAAAAAGAAAUCCUCUCCAAAAUCUAUAAAGAUGUGUCUGAAAAUGGGGUAGGUAAAGUGUCUAAAGAUGAGCAUUUUGAUAAAGUGACAGUGUUGCACUAUUCUGGCGAUGUUAGUAGUCCAAAACAUGCCAUGUGGAUGCGCUUUACUGAGGACAGAUUAGACAGAGGUAGAGAGAAGUUGCUAUAUGAAGAUAGGGUGGACAGGACUGUGAAGGAGGCUGAAGAAAAACUGACUGAAGUGUCACAGUUUUUUCGUGACAGAACCGAAAAGUUAAAUGAUGAACUGCAGUCCCCAGAGAAAAAGCCACGCCCUAAAAAUGGCAAAGAAUACUCUUCUCAAAGCUCUACCAGUAGCAGCCCUGAGAAAGUACUGCUGAUGGAACCGUUGGCAUCCAGUGAUGAGUGGGUUAAGGCAAGACAGCAUGGCCAUGAUGGACAAAGCUUCCCCACAGCUGAAGAGAGGGAAGCACCCAGUCUACCCAGCAGCCCAGAGAAGAAGUUUCUUUCCCAACAGACUGAGGAUGGCAAGUCCACAGUGGAAGACAAAGAAACUGUUUCACAGAGCAAAGCACCAGAAGGGCCCCAGUCUGGGUUUCAGCUCAAACAAUCUAAACUCAGUUCCAUUAGAUUAAAAUUCGAACAAGGCAUACAUGCAAAAAAUAAGGACAUGUCUCAAGAAGACAAAAAACCAGAUGGCCAAUCCAGAAUCCCAGUUAAAAAAAUACAGGAGAGCAAGCUACCCGUCUACCAAGUUUUUGCUAGAGAAAAACAGCAGAAGGCAAUAGACCUCUCCGAUGAAAGUGUAUCUGUGCAAAAAGAUUUUAUGGUAUUAAAAACUAAAGACGAGCAUGUCCAAAGCAGUGAAAUUGUUGUGAAUGAUUCUGGCCCUGAUGAUGUGAAAAAACAGAGAACUGAAAUGUCAAGUAAAGCAAUGCCUGACUAUUUUCCUGAGCAACAGUCUAAAGACUUGGCAUGUCAUGUAACCUCAGAUUUAGCAACUAAGGGACCAUGGGACAAAAAGGUUUUCAGAACAUGGGAAGGUUCUGGAGCUACUAACAAUAAGUCACAGAAAGAAAAACUUUCGCAUGUGCUUGUUCAUGAUGUAAGAGAGAAUCACGUUGCGUACCCUGAGAAUAAAAGUGUUGAUCAAAAGAGUGAAUUUAUGUCUGUGACUGAGAGAGAACACAAAUUGUUAACAAAUGGCUCUCUCUCAGAAAUUAAGGAAAUGACUGUAAAAUCUCCCUCCAAACAAGUUUUAUAUAGGGAAUAUGUUGUUAAGGACGGGGAACAUCCAGGUGGAUCUCUUGAUCAGCCUUCCAGGAGAAGUGAGAGCUCAGCAGUGUCGCACAUUCCGGUCAGAGUUGCUGAUGAGAGGAGAAUGCUGUCUUCUAAUAUUCCUGAUGGUUUUUGUGAGCAGUCGACGUUUCCGAAACAUGAACUGUCACAAAAAUUAUCCCAAUCAAGUAUGAGUAAAGAGACAGUUGAGACACAGCACUUUAAUUCUGUAGAAGAUGAAAGAGUUACCUAUUCAGAAAUCAGCAGAGUUUCCAAAAAUCAAAGUUAUGUAGGCUUAUGCCCGCCUCUCGACGAAACUGAAACCUCUCCCACCAAAUCUCCUGAUUCUUUAGAGUUUAGCCCAGGAAAGGAAUCUCCCUCUAGUGAUGUAUUUGACCAUAGUACCAUUGAUGGAUUGGAAAAAGCUGCACCACUAGUCCAGACAGAGGGAGGGAAAGAGAUAAAAUCUUUACCUGUUUAUGUUAGUUUUGUACAAGUGGGGAAGCAAUAUGAAAAGGAGAUACAACAAGGAAGUGUAAAAAAAAUUAUAAGUCAGGAAUGUAAGACAGUGCAAGAGACCCGGGGAACCUUUUAUACUACUAGACAGCAAAAGCAACCUCCUUCUCCCCAAGGUAGUCCAGAAGAUGAUACUCUAGAGCAAGUAUCCUUUCUAGACAGCUCUGGGAAAAGCCCUUUAACCCCAGAAACACCCAGUUCAGAAGAAGUGAGUUACGAAUUUACAUCUAAGACACCAGACUCGCUCAUAGCUUAUAUACCAGGCAAACCCAGCCCAAUUCCCGAGGUUUCUGAGGAAUCGGAGGAGGAGGAGCAGGCCAAGUCAACCUCCUUAAAGCAGCCGACAGUGGAGGAAGCAACAACAGUUGAGCAUGAAAUGCUUAAUGAUGUGAGCAAAGACUCUAACCAAAGACCAAAAAAUAAUAGAGUUGCCUAUAUUGAAUUUCCCCCUCCUCCACCACUGGAUGCAGACCAGAUCGAGUCAGAUGAACAUCAUUAUCUUCCUGAAAAAGAGGUCGACAUGAUUGAAGUCAGUCUGCUAGAUGAGCAUGACAAAUACCAGCUGGCUGAACCAGUCAUCAGAGUGCAGCCACCUUCACCAGUUCCUCCCGGGGCAGACAUCAGUGACUCAAGUGAUGAUGAAUCUAUUUAUCAACCAGCCCCAGUUAAAAAAUACACCUUCAAAUUAAAGGAAGUAGAUGAAGACCAAAAAGAAAUGACAAAAUCCAAAGCUUCUGCUGAAAAGGAUCCCAACCAGAAAGAAUUGGAAACUAACGGAUCUGGAAGAGACACUGAAUUUGGCCUUGGCCUUGAUUCGCCUCAGAAUGAAGCUGCCCAGAAUGGGAACAACGACCAGUCCAUCACAGAGUGUUCCAUCGCUACCACGGCAGAGUUUUCUCAUGAUACAGAUGCCACAGAGAUUGACUCUUUGGAUGGCUAUGACCUGCAAGAUGAAGAUGAUGGUUUGACAGAGAGUGAUUCUAAACUCGCAAUCCAAACCAUGGAAAUUAAGAAAGAUUUCUGGAACACAGAGGGCAUUUUGAAGCCAGCGGAUCGUUCUUUUAGCCAAAGUAAACUUGAAGUUAUUGAGGAAGAGGGAAAGGUGGGACCAGAUGAAGAUAAGCCACCUUCUAAAAGCUCUUCAUCUGAAAAGACUCCUGAUAAGACUGAUCAGAAGUCAGGGGCCCAGUUUUUCACACUAGAAGGCAGACAUCCUGACAGAUCAGUGUUUCCUGAUACUUAUUUCAGUUACAAAGUAGAUGAAGAAUUUGCCACUCCUUUUAAAACAGUAGCUACCAAAGGUCUAGAUUUUGACCCUUGGUCUAAUAACCGAGGGGAUGAUGAAGUUUUUGACAGUAAAUCACGGGAAGAUGAAACUAAGCCAUUUGGUCUGGCAGUGGAAGACCGAUCUCCAGCAACAACCCCUGAUACAACACCAGCCAGAACACCAACUGAUGAAAGUACCCCUACUAGUGAGCCUAACCCCUUCCCAUUUCAUGAAGGAAAAAUGUUUGAGAUGACUCGCAGUGGUGCAAUUGACAUGAGCAAGAGGGAUUUUGUUGAAGAGAGGCUACAAUUUUUCCAGAUUGGUGAGCAUACUUCUGAAGGGAAGUCAGGGGACCAGGGGGAAGGGGAUAAAAGUAUGGUCACUGACACCCUACAGCCACAGUCAGGGGACACCACUGUAGAAACCAAUCUAGAGAGAAAUGUAGAGACACCUACAGUCGAACCUAGCCCCAGAAUCCCGGCCAGCGGAGAUUGUCAGGAAGGCACAUCCAGUAGUGGCUCCCUGGAGAAAUCAGCAGCAGCCACUAAUACCUCUAAAGUUGACCCCAAGUUGCGCACACCUAUAAAAAUGGGAAUUUCAGCAUCCACCAUGACCAUGAAGAAAGAAGGCCCUGGAGAAGUAACAGAUAAGCUAGAAGCUGUGAUGACCAGUUGUCAGGGAUUAGAGAAUGAAACUAUAAUGAUUUCAAAUACAGCUAAUAGCCAGAUGGGCGUUAGGCCUCAAGAAAAACAUGAUUUUCAAAAAGAUAAUUUUAAUAACAACAACAAUUUGGAUUCUUCCAUUAUACAGACAGAUAACAUUACAAGUAAUGUAGUUCUGACAGAACAUCCUGCCCCCACUUGUACCACAGACAAAGCUAAUCCAGUGAAAAGCUCAUCUGGAAAAAAGACAGGGAUACUACAAGGACACUGUGUAAGAGAUAAGCAGAAAGUUCUUGGAGAGCAGCAAAAGACAAGAGAAUUGGUAGGGGUUAGGCGAAAAUCCAAACUUCCCAUAAAGGCCACUUCACCAAAAGAUACCUUCCCACCAAAUCAUAUGCCAAACAUUAAAGCGAGUAAAAAGAAGCAGGUUAGUCCAUCUGAGAAAACCAGAGCUGUUACUUCAUCUUCGUGCAUAGAUGUAAAGUCUAGAAUUCCAGUGAAAAACACACACAGGGAUAACACAUCUUCAGUUAGAAAAGCAUGUGCCACACAAAAGCAAGGUCAGCCAGAGAAGGGCAAGGCCAAACAGCUUCCAUCCAAGUUGCCAGUAAAGGUAAGAUCUACUUGUGUCACUACCACCACCACCACCUCCACCACCACCACAGUUAAAGUUAGGAAAAGUCAGCUUAAGGAAGUUUGUAAACAUUCCAUUGAAUAUUUUAAGGGAAUUAGUGGUGAGACCUUAAAGCUUGUGGACCGCCUCUCUGAAGAAGACAAAAAGAUGCAACCCGAUUUGUCCGAUGAGGAAGACAGUACCUCCAGAAAUACGUCGUUGUCCGAGACUUCCCGGGGUGGCCAGCCUUCAGUUACAACGAAGCCUGCUAGAGAUAAGAAAACAGAGGCAGCACCUUUAAAAUCAAAGAGUGAAAAAGCCGGCAGUGAGAAAAGGAGCAGUAGGAGGACUGGUCCACAGAGUCCAUGUGAACGGACAGAUAUCAGGAUGGCAAUAGUAGCCGAUCACCUGGGACUUAGUUGGACAGAACUGGCAAGGGAACUGAAUUUUUCCGUGGAUGAAAUCAAUCAGAUACGUGUGGAAAACCCUAAUUCUUUAAUUUCUCAAAGCUUCAUGUUAUUGAAAAAAUGGGUUACCAGAGAUGGAAAAAAUGCUACAACUGAUGCCUUAACUUCAGUCUUGACAAAAAUUAAUCGAAUAGAUAUAGUGACUCUGCUGGAAGGCCCAAUAUUUGAUUAUGGAAACAUUUCAGGCACCAGGAGUUUUGCAGAUGAGAACAGUGUUUUCCAUGACCCUGUUGAUGGUUAUCCUUCCCUUCAAGUGGAACUGGAAACUCCCACAGGGUUACACUACAUACCACCCACCCCUUUCCAGCAAGAUGAUUAUUUUAGUGAUAUCUCUAGCAUAGAGUCUCCCCUUAGAACCCCCAGUAGACUGAGUGAUGGGCUAGUGCCUUCCCAGGGAAACGUAGAACAUUCAGCAGAUGGACCUCCAGUUGUAACUGCAGAAGACACUUCCGUAGAAGACAGCAAACUGGAAGAUUCAGUGCCUUUAACAGAAAUGCCUGGAGCAGUGGAUGUAGAUGAGAGCCAUUUUGAGAGCCAUUUGGAGGAUGUGUAUCUGAGUGAGUAUCCUCAAUACCUUGGAAGUUUGACCGGGGUCCCAAAAGAUGUUAAACCAGCAGAGCCACUGAAACAGACUAGAAAAGUAGGAGUAAGCUCUGAGCAGCAGGAGAAGGAAAAAUCUGGUCCUGAUGAGGAGAUUAUGGAAGAAAAAUUCAAAUGUCUAUUUGAAGACAUUCAACUUGAAGAAGGAGUUGAGUCUGAGGAGAUGACAGAAGAAAAAUUACAGGCUAUUCUUAAACGUGUUCAGCAAGCAGAACGGGAAAUGUCUUCAAUUACAGGUUGGCAGAAUGAGACAUCAAGUGGAAACCUAGAGUCCCCUGCUCAAGCUCGGAGAAUAACUGGUGGGUUACUAGAUCGACUGGAUGACAGCCCUGACCAGUGUAGGGAUUCCAUUACCUCAUAUCUCAAAGGAGAACCUGGAAAAUUUGAAGCAAAUGGAAGCCAUGCAGAAGUCACUCCAGAAGCAAAGACUAAAUCUUACUUUUCAGAAUCCCAAAAUGAUGUAGGAAGACAGAGUGCUAAGGAAACUUUGAAACCAAGAACACAUGGAUCUGGCCGUGUUGAAGAACCAGCAUCACCACUAGCAGCGUAUCAGAAAUCUCUGGAAGAAACUAGCAAGCUCGUACUAGAAGACCCUAAACCCUGUGUGCCUGUCAGUAUGAAAAAGAUGAGUAGGACUUCUCCUGCAGAUGGCAAGCCACGGCUCAACCUCCAUGAAGAAGAGGGGUCCAGUGGGUCUGAACAAAAGCAGGGAGAAGGUUAUAAGAUGAAGAUGAAGAAAGAAAUCCGGCAUGUGGAAAAGAAGAGCCACUCAUAACAGUGAACAGUCAGUCAAGGAUCAUGUGUUUUUUACUGCCAGUAUUGAGAAAUUCAUGGAAGAAAUGUCAGCAGGAAGUAAAAAUUCACGGAGAAGGGUGUGUGUGUUUGCUGUUUCCACACAUUUACCGCAUGUUUUUUUUUUUUUUUUUAAUGCAAAGAGAAAAAAAGAAAACACCACCCACAUUUUAAUUUAGCAUGAGCCAAUUUACAGAGCAUGGAAACUCACUUUCAUUCCCGGGAUUGGCGCGUGUGCAAUUAGCAAUGCAGUGUAUAUACAAGAAGCCAUGCUGUUAACUGUUUUUCUCAAGUAAUUUGGUGUCAUUUACAAAAGGAAGAAAUUCCUGCCGCCAGAAGGGACAGGAGGAGAUGGAAUGAUCCAGUCGUGGAGAAACACUAAAAUUACUAAAUCCACAACAGCUCGCCUUAUUUUUCUUGGACCCAAACUGUCAGGGUAUAAACACUCUUUGUUUCUUUUUUAAAACAUCGAUAGUUUUGCUGUAAAUAAUGACACUGUAUAAAUUCUAACAGAAAAAUAGAAUUAAUGUUUAUAAGGCCCUGCCUCUUAGAACACAAACAGAAUAUUGCAAAUGCAUUUAACAUAAUAGGGAUCUCAAGUGACUUCACACCCUAGGAGAAGGAGGGAGGGGUUUUGGGUGGGGGGAUCUUCACUGAUUCUUGUAUAUUAGCAAUUAUAAUGUUUGUAUAUGCAAAACUGCUAGCUUGAUUUUAAAAAAAAAAAAAAAAUCUUUAAAAUCUGCUGCAAAUUUAAAUAAUUCCCAAAAUGAGGAAUUCUGUAGUUCUGUGAAAAUUUUUUCUUCAGAAUACUAAUAUUUUGAUGCAUGUGUAUCACCUUAUUUUGAUUAAAUCUUUUCCAAUUUUGCAAACACUACAGUAUACCGCAACACAGAAAAGAAGAUUUUAUCUGUAAACAUAAAGCCCUUCAUCUAAUAUUUGUUGCUGUUGCCAAUUUUUCAAUGAAAUGACCUAAAAAAUAAAAAAAUAACCUUAUACAGUAGUUGCUUUAGGGGGAGGGGGGUGCUAUCUGUUUGUUAGUGCUUAAAAGGGGGUAAUGCUUGCCGCUUUAGAGGUGGAUGGUGCUCAUAAGAGGCCCCAGUUGGGGGUAUUUAAAAUGGACUGAACAGAAUCUCUUAGCUAAUAGAAUGGCAGCACGCUGUAAAAUUAUUCCUGUAUCGUGUACUGGCUAUAAAAUGUAGACACCUUUCAGUAAGCCAAUCAUUUGUAACCAUUCUAGCAGUGUCAUAUUAGGUUAAUAAGGCUGCUGUGUUUUAAAGGGCAUUUUUAUUUGGGUUUUGGUGAAAUUCUUUAAUUUGUUGAUUAUAUUCAUAUAAAAUCAGCAUUCAUUGACACAUAGCUCUAAUGACAUAUGUAUGAAAAACCACACACUGGAUGACCUAGUUGAUUAUUUAAGCAUAAAAUAAAUUGUGUUAAACUCUUCACCUAUCUGUGCCAUCCUGUGUUCUCUGGAAAAGGUAAUUGUCUAACCCCUUGUCUUCAUACGAGGCCUGACUAUAGCAAUCCACCCCACCAGCUGUAUUCUCACCUCUGUGGUCACUAAAGGGAUAGUCCUUAACUUCAGUUCUGCCCCUGCAGACUCCCAGCUACCAUAGAUUCUGUGCCUUUCAUGGAGGAGCCAAAAAGUAAAGAUGAACUGACAAGUAACCUUUGUCAACAUUUGGUUCAGGCUGUCCCCAAAUCCUGGGAAUUGGGGCUGUAACAGCUGGCAUAUCCAGAGAUUGUAAACUGGCAGCUCCAGGAACAAUCCAGCCUAUGGUUGUGUUUAACCCAUAAAGCACUUCUUUGUUUUGUUUUUAAAUGGACAGUCAUUGUCAGUGCUUACAAGUUAGAAGAUUUCAAGUAGUAACGUGACUUUCUAACCUCUCUUG